AUGGUCUACAUAAUGAGUGAAGAUGUAUGCUAUUUUAAAGGAAAAGUACAUUACUUGGAUUGGGUUGACCUAGAUUGUUGUUCAAUCUUGGAGUUAGAUGGUUUUCUUACCGAUAUAGGAUACCAAGAGCAUGUCGGGACCAGGAACAUGGAAGAGUAUAGGAUGUUGAAUGGUUUGUCAUACUACUAUAAAGUUAUUGGCGAGAGAUUUAAGGAAGGUCUCACGGAGUUGAAGUACGAUGAAGAAUUGUUGAAUAUAGCUCAAGAAGUUGUCAAAGAUAAAAAAAUUCUAGAGUUGUAUCUCACCAAAAAAGCGGAGCUGGAAAGAGCUACAUUAGAAGCAGAUAUUCAUGACUUAGCUUGUAACAAUGAAAAAACAGCCAACAAAUCAAGUGGUAAUGAUCUAGAAACUGCCAACACGAGUCGUCAAACACCUAUGACAGCCCUCAACAAUGAGAAGGACCAAGGACAACCUUCAACUGUAAUUCCACAGCCAGAAGGAGAAGAAGGAAAUAACUCAGAUGCCGACAGUGGGUUCAUUGAUUCUGAAAAUGAAGUGAGCGACGACGAGUUUGAUAUAGAUGAUUUAGCUGGUGGAGGGGGAAAUCAUCAUUUUCCCAUCGAUGAUGUGCUUCCGGAAGAUGUUGACACUUAUUGUGUUGAUCCGGACUAA